UUGCAUAUUAUUAAUAUGCAAAUUGUAUGUUUUUCAAAAAUGAACAAAUCAAUUGCACUUUUAUUUCAUCCAUUACUUGUUAAUACAACUGCUAAUAUUCACGAAAUGCUGUCAAGUUGUCUUCCAGAAUAUAAAGUUUAUGAAAUAAAACAUCCAGAGCAUUUAGAUAAAGUUUUGUCUAAAAUAGAAAAUCAAGAGAAAGAAGAAACUGAAGCUUUGUUGGAAGAAAUUGAGCAGUUUGAUAUUCUUUUAACUGAUCCUAUGUCAUUAUUUCCAAUUGCAAACAGAAUCAAAAGUAUAAAAUGGAUUCAAGGGAUAUUUGCAGGAGUUGAUCGUUUGACACCAGUUCUAAAUAAAGAUAGUAUACCUGCAUUUUUGUAUACUCGGUUUGGUGGCAAAUUUGGACAACAUUUAUCAGAGUAUGUUAUUGCUUAUAUAAUAAACACUGAAAGAAAAACUCAUUAUCUUUAUGAACAACAAGCUAAAUGUAUUUGGGCCCAAACAAAGAUAAUAGAAAACAGUCCUCCUUAUCGUCUAUUAUCUCAGCUGUCUAUAACAAUUCUUGGAGCAGGAGAUAUUGGUAGAGAUAUAGCAAAACAUUGCAAAAGGUUUGGCAUGACUGUUUAUGGUAUGGUAUCUUAUCAAAGAGAAAACGAAAAUGAAAACAUAGAUGAACUUUUUACUCCUUCUUCACUGGCUAUCUACUUAGAAAAGUCUGAUUAUGUUGUUAAUACUUUACCUAAGACACCUCACACAACUGGAAUUCUCUCAAAUUCAAUUUUAAAACAUUGUGCUAAGCGUCAAUCAGUAUUUAUCAAUGUUGGUCGAGGCAAUGUUUUGACUGAUGCAGAUGUUAUUGAAGCAAUAGAAAAUAAAUGGAUUCAAAGUGCUGUGCUUGAUGUUUUUGAAAAAGAGCCAUUGUUGUCUGAUAGUAAACUUUGGAGUUUGCCAAAUGUCACGGUUACUCCUCAUGUUUCUGGUUUGCCAUAUACAAGCAUUAUCGUAGAGGCAUUCCUAGAAAAUUUGAAGCUUUAUGAAGAAGGCAAACCCCUCAAUUAUUUGGUUGAUUGGGUCAAGGAAUGGAAAAAUCAAUUGCUGUUCUUGCUCACCCAAUUUAUAAAAUUUUUGAAACAGUUAAAGAAUGUCUUCCAAAUUAUAAAGUUCAUCAAAUAUAUCACAAAGGUUUCGGCAAUAGUACUGCAAUUCCUGUAGACAAUAUUAGCUCUGAUGAAUAUGAUGCAUUAUUAAAAGAAGUUGAACAGUUUGAUAUUUUGAUAGUUGAUCAUUAUGAUAUACUUCCAAUCAUAAAUGA